CCAAAGUAAAAGAAUCAGUUGUAGAGAGGACAGCCACGGAGCAGGGUGAAGGCCGACAUGUCGUCCAUGCAGGAGCUGAUCAGGAAGAAGAGAGACGGAGAAACUCUGAGCGACGAGGAGGUGGCGGCGUUCGUUCAGGCCGUCUCCAAUGGCAGCAUCCAGCAGUCUCAGAUCGGCGCCAUGCUGAUGGCCAUCUACCUGAAGGGGAUGGUCAUCGAGGAGACCCGGACCCUGACCAGGGAGAUGAUGACCUCGGCGAGGUGCUGACCCUGGCCGGAGGAGUGGAAGGGCCUGGUGGUGGACAAACACUCCACGGGGGGCGUGGGGGACAAAAUCAGCCUGGUGCUGGCGCCGGCGCUCGCCGCCUGCGGCUGUAAGGUACCAAAGAUCAGUGGGCGGGGCUUAGCUCACACCGGGGGGACUCUGGACAAACUGGAAUCCAUCCCUGGAUACAACAUCCAGCAGUCAGCUGCUCAGAUCCGGGACAUCCUGACCUCCGUGGGCUGUUGCAUUGUGGGUAAAACGGAGCGACUGGUCCCUGCUGACCGGGUCAUGUACGCCCUGCGGGACGCCACCAGCACCGUGGACAACAUACCGCUCAUCAACCGGUUCCAUCAAUUUUCAAAGAAAGGAGCCGAGUCGCUGUCGGCUCUGGUUCUGGACGUGAAGUUUGGACAAGCGGCGCUCUACAAAGACCUGGAGAGCGCUAAAGCGUUAGCACGAAUACUAGUGGACACGGGUAACGGGCUGGGGAUCCGGACGGGGGCCGUCCUCAGCUGCAUGGACACUGUGAUUGGUCGAUGUGUGGGGAACAGCCUGGAGGUGAUCGAGUCUCUGGAGACGCUGAAGGGGAAGGGGCCGUCCGACCUCGUGGAGCUGGUCAACACUCUGGGAGGGAUUCUGCUGGAGAAGAUCGGCUUGGCGUCCGACUUAUCGGAGGGCGAGAGGAAGAUUUCGGAGGCCGUGAAAGGCGGCGCUGCUCUGUCGAAGUUCCAGGCCAUGAUGGAGGCCAGGGCGUAGACGGCGAGACGGCCCGGAGGCUUUGCUCCUCCAACACCG